CGGCAAUUGCAUGUUCGUAACAGACCGAACUAUACGUACUGUUGAUAAGUGUGGCGCAAGUUCUUUUCCCCAGUUUGGUGACAGCCUUAUCUUCUGGACAACUUCCACAAGGCUCCGCUGUUGUAAAGCAGUCUGGUGUACAUCCAAGGAGAGAAGUGGUGUUUGUGUUACGUUCAGUGGUCAGCGUGUAGAGAGGCUGUUGGCGCACCCGAGCUAAGCUAAGUAACGAGAAACCGCCCUCUGACAUACCUAUUGGGAGAUGGCUGAGGAAAACGGGAUGGUGAAUCCGGAGCAACAAGAUGCUGAACAGGGCCAGACACAAAGCAAAGGGAGAAUGCAGGAGGCGAUGGAGUUGGGGGGGACGGCGAUGGGGGUUCUCGCGGUGGGGUUCGCGCUGGUGUUCUUGGGCCUCACCGUCAUCUACAUCAGCUUGGGCAUUCUCUACCUCUUCAGUUGCAGAGUGCAGCCCAUGAUCCCCAUAUGGCUCAUCGUGUAUGGCACAGUUUGCCUCAUUCUGAUUGUUGCGGGGAUAUCCGACAAGAAAAACAAAACGGAGUUGGCGUACCUUAAAACAGGCUUGAAAGUGAUUCUUCUGCUGUUUGCCUUCUGUUGGUUCAUUGCAGGAAACGUGUGGGUGUUCGGGACAUUGGCCAAAAACCCGGACUUCGAGAACUUGAGGCACGAGAACAGCUGUCACAAGGGACUGUUCUAUUUCGCUCUCAUCUGCGGCGUCAUCUUCCCUUAUGCCAGUAUCGCUCUCGCAGUUAUCAUCAUGGUCUCUGUCUGGGUUUGUAAACGCAUCGACACGAACAGCUGAGCGGGAACUGAUCGUAAAAGAAGGAAGAAUGUUUGGUGAUAGUAUGUCAUAUUUUAUAACAUGUGACUUAUUCUAUAUGCUAUAUAACAUAUUUGACUUAUAUGUAAUUGUCAUAGCUAUUCAGUUUGAUUAGGAUGUAGCAUAUUUUAUGCAUAUGCAGUCGUCAUAGGUAUCCAUUUUGAUCAAUCUGUAUUUUGUUGUUGCUCCGCAUAGUGCAAUAUGUAUGGAUAUGUCUGUGCGGAAGUGAUUACUGAUUUGCAACCUCAGGGUCUGUGUUUCCAAGAUCUAGUUAAGCAGGUAUUAACACACUCUUCUCGCUUGUUGGCCAGUAAAGCCAGAUUCGCAAAGUGUAAUACAAUACAAUACAAUAUGAUACAAUAUCAUUCGAAGUCAGUCCAGAUAUAAAUUAGUAGAUUUACAAUAUAUUACCCUUUGACUGCUUAGAAAAAAAAAAACUUUAUAAUUGAUUUUGCCUGUAAUAAUUCACAGAUGUAUAUAUUAUAUAUACACACCGUGAUUACAGUUUCAUAACCUCUGAAUAAUCUUGCAUAUCGGUUAUGCUUUGUAUAUUUCCUAUUAGAUAUACUAUUGUAUUCAUAGUUUGUUUUGAGGCACUUGUAAUGGUGUUAUGCAUACAUUAUGCAUACAUACAUGUAAAAUGGUGUUUACAGUUUUAGACAUCCAUUGAUGCCAUUUUGUGUCUGUAUAAUUCUGAAGAUUAAUAUUUUGUAUAUUUAUCUUUAUAAUAGCUUUUAUAUAUCCAUUUGUAGAAAUUUUAAAUUUCCUUACUAAGAGGGAAUGCUCUUUCUCAAUACCGAAUUUGUGACGUGAGUUACGUCAUAGGGUAAAGAUAUUUCGAGGCAUUAUUGAGAGAAUGCAUUAUAGUCAUCGUGUGUGUGUGUGUGUGUGUGUACACGCUCGUGUGUGCGCGUGUGUUUGUGUACGCGCUUCUGUGUUCAGACUUAAUUUUAAUUUUUACUCGAUUCAAAUAUUCUUAUCCAAAGACAAUUUUACAGUUAGUUAUCAGAAAUGGAAGACUUUUCUCGAAAACUGUUACUUGUGUUUCGAAUGACAGAACUGAGUUUAGAAUGACCCAUACAUUUUAUUUAGGUAAAGUGUGAAUAAAAUCACUGUAGUGAGAAUCAGCAGUGAAGCUAAUUGGAUUAAGAACUGUAUUAAAUAUGUUUUUACAUUUUACAUUUAUAAUUUUACAAGAUGAAUGGGAAUCAAGUGAAAUGCAUUUUCUUACUUUACAAUAAAGUAUGAUGAAACAUGA